AUGUAUCAAGCAGCAGAGUCUUCAUCUUGGGGCGGAGGAAACUAUCACAACAUAGCAGCAACAAGGCGUGCAUCGUCGUCGUCGUCGUCAGAUCCAUUAGAGAGAGUAAUAAGGCUAGCAUCAGGAAGUGCUGUGGUGAUAUUUAGUAUGAGUACAUGUUGUAUGUGUCAUGCAGUGAAAAGGCUGUUUUGUGGAAUGGGAGUACAUCCAACAGUUUACGAGUUGGACCAAGAUCCUAAAGGUAAAGAGAUGGAAAGGGCACUUUCAAGGCUAUUAGGGAACUCACCUGGCGUACCUGUUGUCUUUAUUGGUGGAAAAUUAAUUGGAGCAAUGGAUAGAGUUAUGGCUUCUCAUAUUAAUGGUACUUUGGUUCCACUUCUUAAGGAAGCUGGAGCAUUAUGGCUUUAAUUUUUUUAGAAGAGUUUAUUAAUUAGGUUAAUGGAUGGACUGUUUUCCUCCAUUUUUAAUUUUGGUUAAUUUAAGUAAUGUGCUUUUUAAGUUUUUGUAGCUAAUUAAGUAUGUUAGAGUUGGUAUAAUGUAUCAAUGUUAGCUAGUAGUUUGA